AUGAAAAGGAUCCCCGUAAGGACUUCUAGCAGCAGCAUUCGCUCCUCUUCCUCCAGCAACUGCUCCCAGCCCACUCCGUCUGGACCUCCUGCAGUCGACAACUCCCAGCCUAAGAGGCUCUUCUACCGCAGCUACAUGUCCCCAGAGUACAAAACUGAGGAAAGGGUCAUCAAAAACAUUAUAUACAAUAACAUCAAGCCGACAGAUCCAGAAAACCCCAUAGCCCUCACUAUCUACUACAACCACCGCACCAAUCAGUGCAAAGAAAGUGAACAGGUGUGCUCUAAGUGUUCAGCUAAGGAACAUGAUGACAGGAACUGCCAGACACCCACCCUAAGAUGUAUAAACUGUAAUGGGGAGCACACAGCGGUCUCCUUUAAAUGUCCCAUAAAACGCAAGAGUCAGCAACAGCAAAACUCUCCUAAACCUACCCCACUGACCUAUGUCCAAGCCGCCACACCCAACACUCCCAUGCAAACAACUCCUAAUACCAACACAAACGCAGAGAAACUUCUGCUUGCAGAAAUCACAAUAAAAUACUCAAUCCAAACCUCCUUUGGCGACAUAAAAAAAAAACAGCCAGAAACCAUGAAUUCCCUGCUCGAAUACAUGGCUGCCCCACAAUUAAUCUUCCACCGAACUUCCAACAAACCAACCAACGAUAUUUUAAACAACACUUUCAACGAAACGAAUAGACACACGCUCCAGGAACCCGAACCUACCACACCCAAUGAAACUAGUCCUCCUUCACCUGGGGACCUAGUCAUUGAUGAGGACUCAGCUUCUGAGGAAUCGCAGCCCCACAAUUCCCCUCCACCACAAUCCACUCCUACCACUACCAGUACCACUACCACCACCAACACAACCAACAACACCACAAAAAAAGAACAAAAUAAAGCGACACCUCACAACCGCACCCCAACCCUCUCCCCAUCUACGCGAACUACAUCAAGGGCCCACUUCCUAGCCACCAAGAUCGAAACACAACACGGGCAAUUUCUUAAUGCCACCACAUAA